UUCGUGAAAAGUUGACAAUCGCGGUCGCGGAGGUGCGUAUGUUUUCCGACUAGCUUCCCGACAAGAAGUCGAUUUGAGUUAAAAAAUUUUGCAUACGGCUCUUGCGGAAAUCGUGAUUAUUGUUUAUUAACCUUUAUUUGCCAGAUCCCGUUUACUAUAUAAAACGAUGGAAGAACGUACCGGUAUGGAGCGUAUCUACGGUGGCUGCGAGGGACCGGAUGCAAUGUACGUGAAAUUAAUCUCGUCGGACGGGCACGAAUUUAUCGUGAAACGAGAGCAUGCACUCACCUCGGGAACAAUUAAAGCGAUGCUUUCCGGGCCUGGCCAGUUUGCGGAGAACGAAGCAAACGAGGUCAACUUCAGGGAAAUACCCUCUCACGUGUUGGAAAAAGUUUGCAUGUAUUUUACAUACAAGGUGCGCUAUACUAACAGUUCGACCGAGAUUCCGGAGUUUCCGAUCGCUCCGGAAAUUGCGUUGGAACUUCUGAUGGCUGCUAACUUUUUAGAUUGCUAGAAAUAUUUACCCUGUGCGAUGUGUACUAAAUGAAGAUACAUAGGCCCUCAAAUGCGAGUAAACGGCGACGAAUGAAUGGUGAAGUAUAGAGAUCGGUUGAUUCUAUUAUAAUCUAAACAAGAGAACUCGAAAAUUGCGCUGUUUGUGUUAAUACAUCAUUAGAAACGCACUACUAACAAUUCAUUAAAGUUUGCAUACAUCGUUUCUAAACCUCUGAAAUAUUGAUUGCUAUGUUUAGCAACGACAUGUACCAGCACGUUUCCGAAUCCCAAAAUACUAAAACAUUUACCGACGUUUGAAAAUAAUUGCUCGCUCUACUAUCUGUGGGGAAACAUUUUUUUUUAACGAUAGAUAUUUAAUACUCUGAAUCGACGAAUUUUCUCUAAAAAUUGGACAGACUAUUCUACCCCGCAGAUACACAACGAAGACCUAUUUGUAGAAUUUCCAACCUUCACGUAUAACCGUUAUACUAGGAUGCUGCAAAAAUUUGAAUGUUCUUGUAUUCAAACAAUUUAUUUAAUAAACAAGUUGGGAAUGUUAGCUACCUAUAUUAACCUACCUAGUUUGUCAUCCUAGAAGAACUUUUGUGAAUAUUUAAAAUCCUAGCAUUGUAAGUAUUGUAAUUUAUUUGUUAUGUGUUGGUUUCAGUUGCUUGAUACAUUGACGACGAGCAAAUAUUUUCAGAUACACCAAAAUUGCAGACCUUUUAACAUCGUGAGAUUUGAAAUAUAUAUUUAAAAAUUUCAAUGACGUUAUCAUACAGCUACGUACAUUAAAUUUUUUUCGGUGUGACCCUAACAAUGUCUGCAAGAUUGCGUUUCCAUUUCCUUAAUACUACGUUUUAAUUGAUCAAUUUGUUAAUACGAUAGAAAAAAAGAACAACAUUAAACACGGAUUGGAAUAAAUGUAAUAGGAAACACAAUUUAAGAAAAUUUCUUGUACUCAGUUAUGGUGUGAAAUGUAUACAAGCGAGUACAUAGCAGUAAUAAAUAUAAUACGGAC